UGCAUUGUGCAAAAUGUUUGGAAUUGUCUGAAAGGGGAAAAGCAUGCUUUUCACUCAUGUGCUGCUUUAUUUGCUUGAUGGGAGUGUAGGUGGAUCUACAACUGCAUCCUAAAUGUAUAUGGUCACUUAUAAAUCCAAUAAAGAAUUAAGGAGAUGCUUUGUUGCUCAGAGCAGCCAGAUUGCAGAAGCUGCUGCUACCAGGACUCGUUGAGAGGAUGAGCACAGAUGAGUUUGAGAGAAAGUUAGAUGUCAGAAAGGACACAAAGAGGCAUAUUAAGAGUUGAAUCAAGGUGGGAGAGGUGUAAAGAUCAGCAUGGAGCAGUUCAGCCAAAUGGCUUGCUUUUGCGCUGCUAAUGUGCUGCAAUUUACCUUUGAGCAGUCACAGCCACGUACAGGAUAUGCCAGGCGUUAUGUGAGUGAAGAUGUUGUUCAAUUAAUCUCAGUGUCAUGGAAGCUGUUUCAUUAUUGAAGACACUGGGUAAACAAUCUCUCCAUAUUAGUAUUUUCCUUUAGAUGAGAGACAUCAUUUCGUCAUGGGAUGUCAAAAAAUUGAGGGAUUGCAGCUGUUGGGGUUCUCACUGACUGGGCAGUAUUUUUUACUCCAUAUUUCUGAAUUUGGUAAUACCAAAUUCUCAAACAUCCCUGUUGCCAUGGUUACUGUUGAAGGUAUCAUCAAAUCCCCACAGUGUGGAAACAGGCCAUGUGGCCCAACAAGUUCACAUGGCCACUCUGAAGCGCGUCCCACCCAGACCCAUUCCCCACGUCUAACCCACUGAACGUAAAUAUCCCUGGGAACGACAGGCAAUUUAACAUGGGCAACCCACCUAACCUGCACAUCUUUGGACCUUGGGAAGAAACCAGAGCACCCAGAGGAAACCCACACAGAUUGUAUUUUCGUCUUGUACUGCAACAUUCAGCAGGCAACCUGGGAAUAUUAAUUUGAGAGGAAUUUGACCUUAUGACAAACAGAGCUGUAACUUGAGAUCCCUAUGAAUAGAAUAGGUUCCGAUCAGAAGCAGCUGAUGCUGAAUUUGCCAAACUGGGCCAUGUGAUGUAAAAUCAGCUGGGUGGCAAAAUAGGCAUCCAACGCUGUGUGACUCCAAUUCGCCAGCUCGGAAUGUAAUCUGUCAAAUGGCCCGCCAUUUGUCGUGGCUGAUGUGGAUGUAGUGAAGUGUUUAUUUUCACUGACCUGUUGAAAACUGGCUGGGACUUUACAACUUGGCAGUAACAUGUUGUCAGAGUUUGACUUAGAGAGGCCUGCCCCUUUUUACAUGUCAAAUUGUGACAAGAUUCAACCAAGAAGCCACUGUGGUUGAAAGAAAAUAGUCCAGUAACUUCAAGCUGCUCAUGGUCCAUUCAAUUUCGUGGUGGUGCAACUUUGAAAAAUUAACUCAACAUUUUCCCCGUCUGUCUUGGUACCAGUUACUAUAGAUCAGCCACUUAUUUUGUACUUGGCAGACCUCCUUUGCGUCGAUGAAUGAUCUUUCAUAACUUUUCUUGUCUUCACCCGAAAUCAGCAUAUUGUUCUUGAGUGAAUCAUUUAAAAAAAAAUCCAUCUUUGAAACACUGUUUUGGGAAUUAGUGUCCUGAAACCAUCCUGGAUAAUUUGUACAGAAAUAUCUCCUUCAAAAUCACGUUCGUGUCAUUUAUUUCCAAAGCAGAAAUAUUUUUGUGACAUGAUGUACUGUGCACUUUGAAUAAAGUUAUCGAUGCUGUUCAAAAUACCACGGACUAGGAUUUAGCAGGAACAAUUAUAGCAGUUUAAACUUUCUUUAACAGCUCAUUAUUUAUUUGUGUUCUUUCAGGAAUAUGAAAUAAUUUUGGGUAUCAAAUCCCUGCAGUUUGCUUGCUCAUCAUACACCCUUCGUUCAAACGAGAAUUUUCUAGACUCGUUCUUUAUGCAACAAUACUUAAGUGAGGAUAGCGAGUACGUAACUGGUAUUGUAGGAGUGUGCAGCUCCUCUGAACUCGAGAAACCGCCAAAGCCCAAAAAGAGUGUGUUGAAGCGCCUCAGCUGCCUGUUUUCAAGGAGAGGUGUUAAAGUACACAGCGCUCCAACUAAAAGCUCUGAGCAGCCAGCAUCCCUUCGGAAUGAGGAUUCAGACGAGAGCAUUACCUCAGCCAGACACUUGGAAAUGGAAGAGCCAAGCACCUCGCAAAAAGCGCUGGAAAAGUCAUUAAAAUCCGUGGAUACUGCCUCCUCUGGAGGUUCAUCCAACAGUGGUGCACCAGCAAAACCAAAUUAUGACAGAGCCAAGUCUGGCAGGCGUGCGGGUUUGGGCAGCUGCUGGUGUGCAACACGUCGGAGGGACAACCGCCAGAAUGAGAAAAGCUGCCUCAUCCGAGUCAGAUUAGAGGAGGACAGAGCACAACAAAUCAAAAUGAUUUUGGUGACUAAUCAAGAUCGUGUAUCUGAAGUUCUCAACAAAGCCAUGACCGCGCUCAAAUUUGAACCCGAGCGUCCUCAGCAAUUUGCUCUAGCACAGAUCAUUGAAUCAAAUAAAGUGCUCAUACUUCCGGCCGAUGCCAUCCUGUAUUACGCAAUGAACAAGAAAGUGAAUCAUGACUUCAUCCUGAGAUUCACCGAAAGAAGAUCUUCAUGUCUAUGCAAGUUUUAGCUGCAAUGUUCGAGCCUCCUUCCCAAUGUGAAUCAAUGAGCUCUAGUGAGGAAGGGCUUGAAGGAGCUCACCGCCCUGAUUUUUGAGAGGUCGGAUGUAUUUUAUUUUCUUCUCCUUCUGUAAAUCGCUUGGUGCUCGAUAUAGGAUUCACUAAUUAGACAUUUACACAUAACCACUUUAAAACUAAAAUGGUUCAACAUCGAGACUAUGCCAACAAUGCCAGCCACAGGUAGAAGAGGAAAUCAUCUCAGUUCUUUGUCUAAGUUUCGUUUCU